UGCGCCUGCGCAGUCAGAGUAGGCGGCAUAGCGCCCGGUACCUGAGGCCGCUUCUUCCGGGGCUGAGGAGGCCGAGGCGAGCCGGGCCCGGGAGCCACCAUGAGCCGCAGCUACAAUGACGAGCUGCAGUAUCUGGACAAGAUCCACAAGAACUGCUGGAGGAUCAAGAAGGGCUUCGUGCCCAACAUGCAGGUGGAAGGAGUGUUCUACGUGAAUGAUCCCCUUGAGAAGCUAAUGUUUGAGGAGCUAAGGAAUGCCUGCCGAGGUGGAGGUGUUGGUGGCUUCUUGCCAGCAAUGAAACAGAUCGGCAACGUGGCAGCCUUACCUGGGAUUGUCCACAGAUCUAUUGGACUUCCUGAUGUCCAUUCUGGUUAUGGAUUUGCUAUUGGGAAUAUGGCUGCCUUUGACAUGAGUGACCCAGAGGCCGUGGUGUCCCCAGGUGGUGUCGGAUUUGACAUCAACUGUGGCGUCCGCUUGCUGAGAACCAACCUGGAUGAAAGUGACGUCCAGCCUGUGAAGGAGCAGCUGGCCCAGGCCAUGUUUGACCACAUUCCCGUCGGGGUGGGGUCCAAAGGCGUGAUCCCGAUGAAUGCCAAGGAUUUAGAGGAGGCUCUGGAGAUGGGGGUGGACUGGUCUCUACGAGAAGGCUACGCUUGGGCAGAAGAUAAGGAACACUGUGAGGAAUAUGGGCGCAUGCUGCAGGCUGACCCCAACAAGGUCUCCGCCAGGGCUAAAAAGAGAGGCCUUCCUCAGCUCGGGACCCUGGGAGCAGGAAAUCAUUAUGCAGAGAUCCAAGUUGUGGAUGAAAUUUUUAAUGAGUACGCUGCUAAGAAGAUGGGCAUUGACCACAAGGGACAGGUGUGUGUGAUGAUCCACAGCGGCAGCAGAGGCCUGGGCCAUCAGGUAGCUACAGAUGCCCUGGUGGCCAUGGAAAAAGCUAUGAAGAGAGACAAGAUUAUUGUGAAUGACCGCCAGUUGGCGUGCGCCCGGAUCAGCUCCCCUGAGGGGCAGGACUACCUAAAGGGCAUGGCGGCUGCCGGAAACUACGCCUGGGUCAACCGCUCCUCCAUGACGUUCCUGACCCGACAGGCUUUUGCCAAGGUCUUCAACACGACACCUGAUGACUUGGACCUCCACGUGAUCUAUGACGUCUCCCACAACAUCGCCAAGGUGGAGCAGCACGUGGUGGAUGGCAAAGAACGGACGCUGCUGGUGCACAGGAAGGGGUCCACCCGGGCCUUCCCUCCACACCACCCCCUCAUUGCUGUGGAUUACCAGCUGACUGGACAGCCAGUGCUCAUUGGGGGAACCAUGGGAACCUGCAGCUAUGUUCUCACUGGGACUGAGCAGGGCAUGACGGAGACCUUUGGGACAACCUGUCACGGAGCUGGUCGUGCAUUGUCCCGAGCAAAAUCUCGACGUAACUUAGACUUCCAGGAUGUUUUAGAUAAGUUGGCUGACAUGGGCAUCGCAAUCCGGGUUGCUUCCCCGAAAUUGGUGAUGGAAGAGGCUCCUGAGUCUUAUAAAAAUGUGACAGAUGUUGUGAACACCUGCCAUGAUGCUGGAAUCAGCAAGAAAGCGAUUAAACUGAGACCAAUUGCCGUUAUCAAAGGCUAACGUCCCAGCUGGGCUCAGCUGAGACCGUUGACGUGACCAGACCUGGCCGGACACAGAUUCAUGCCCUCUUCAGACACCAAUUUACUGACCUACCUGAUUCAGAAUGUGCCUGGCACAUCUCACCUUCCGAACUGACUGAUCUAAUAUGGUGAAGAACCACCUCUAGAGAGGCCCGUGCUGAGGAACACAUGAACAUGCUCAUCACCCUGGUGGUCCAGCCACGGUCACUGCUUAUGCCUGGCGUGGUCCCAUCCUCAGAGUGCUUGAAAACAAGUCCUGUCUUAAUGCUAAGUUUUCCUCCCAGUCUGAUAGAUGGUACAAGCAUCGGGACAUUCUGUUCCACGGGGGAUUUUUCGGGUUCCCUGGCAUCAUCCUUGCCUGAGGGGUUUACCAUCACUGACUUGGGAAAUAUCCUGGCUGAAGAGUGACUUUGCUUCCUUUUUCUUUUUUCUUUUUGGGUUUUUUUUUUUUUGAGAGGGCUCUAUUAGGGCGGGGCAAGUUUAGGGGAGAGAAACAGUGGCAGGAGAGAAAGGCCAGGUGUUUUAGUUUACCAUAGCCAGAGCUUCCUUCCUAUUCUAAAUACAAGGCAAGGUUUGGGGCUGCCUGCUGGCCCAACACCUCAUGCAAAUGACAGAUGGCAUUCCUUAGGGCUGGCUCUGUGUGUGUGAGUUCUCUCAGUGAUGAUGGCUGCAGAUGCCCACGUGACUCAGUGGUUGUCUUUGUGAUGACUGUAUUGGACAUGUGGAGUGCUUGGUCCCUGUGGUUAAGUGGGCAUGCACUUAACCGUGUAGCUCUGGAGUUAAGUUUGGGCAUCGGGCACUGAACUGGGACCACCAAGGGGGUUUGAUCUAGUUCUGUGACUUCGAAGGAGCUGAUAAGGGGCCAUUCAUGGUGAAUGAAUGGCCUGGCACUGAGGCCUUGCUGCAUCUGAGCAGCCAGGAAAGGUGGCAGUGUCAUGAAACUACCGUAGAUUAUUUAUGCUUUAUAUGAGAAUUGUAGGAGAAUUAGCUUAUAAAGAAAAUGAGUUUUUCCCAGGAUUGCCGUCAGGUGCUGCCAGUUUUCUUGGUCUUUUUUUCUGCUUCCAGAAACAGACUUGCCUUCUUACAAAGCUCAUCCCCUUCAUCAUAAUUUCACUGAAAUACUUCUCCCACCUGUUCUCUACUGGGGAGGUGGGGAGAUGUUCGGUGAAGCAUGCCUCUCAGGUGAGGUACAUGCUUAGGAAAGAGUGACUCCCCACACUUGUCCUGGGAAA